UGAGUGAGUGCCAUGGCCGGAGCCCGCUGAGAGUGACAAUAGGAACGAGCCGGAGCGCGACCCCGACGCCCACUGGGAUCUCCCCUCUCACCUGAGCCAGCCGCCGGCGGAGGAAGCCUUUCUUUCCUUCGCAGCACCGUCGCGUCGCCCGCCUGGCCUGCCCCCACCCCGGUCGCCUGCACCGCGCCUGCCGCUCCCCCUCAGCUCGGCCCGCACUCGGCUCCCCUCGCGUUCUCCCCCCACUGCCUCCUCAGGGCCCCUCCGUAGGGCUCCGCCGGGAAUGUGAGUGAGGCAGCAGCCAUCGCAGGCAGGGGGCCGCGCCGAGUGCAUGGGACUGAGCGGAGCCCGAGCAGCCGCCCGCUCCUGAACCCGCCGCCAACGCCGCCCUGCGCUGGGGAGGCCGCCAACGCCGCCGAGGCCUACAGGCUCCUGCGCCGCCGCCGCCGCCGCGGCAGGGACCGAGCCCGGCGCGUAUCAUACUCGGGCCGCUGCCGCCAGGCAUCGGCCGCGCUCCAUCAAGCCCGGCUCACGCCGUCGCCGCCUCCCUCACGUCUCCGGCUUCUCUACCAGGAGGGUCAAGUAGGGAUAUGUCCUCAGCACCAACUACUCCUCCAUCAGUGGAUAAAGUAGACGGAUUUUCUCGGAAGUCCGUCAGAAAAGCCAGACAGAAGAGGUCACAAAGCUCCUCCCAGUUUAGGUCUCAGGGCAAGCCUAUUGAGUUAACUCCCCUGCCUCUGCUAAAAGACGUUCCAUCUUCAGAGCAGCCUGAACUGUUCCUAAAGAAACUUCAACAGUGCUGUGUCAUUUUUGACUUCAUGGACACGCUUUCAGACCUUAAAAUGAAAGAAUACAAGCGCUCCACUCUUAAUGAACUGGUGGACUACAUUACAAUAAGCAGAGGCUGUUUGACAGAGCAGACUUACCCUGAAGUAGUUAGAAUGGUAUCUUGCAAUAUCUUCAGAACUCUCCCACCUAGUGACAGCAAUGAAUUUGAUCCAGAAGAAGAUGAGCCCACCUUGGAGGCAUCAUGGCCACAUUUACAGCUUGUAUAUGAGUUUUUCAUACGAUUUUUGGAAAGCCAAGAAUUCCAGCCCAGCAUUGCCAAAAAGUACAUAGAUCAGAAAUUUGUAUUGCAGCUGUUGGAGCUGUUUGACAGCGAAGACCCUCGAGAACGAGACUACCUAAAAACAGUCUUGCACAGAAUUUAUGGCAAGUUUCUGGGUCUUAGAGCAUUUAUCCGAAAACAGAUUAAUAAUAUUUUUCUACGAUUUGUUUAUGAAACCGAACACUUCAAUGGCGUAGCUGAACUGUUGGAAAUUUUAGGAAGUAUUAUCAAUGGUUUUGCUUUACCUCUUAAGGCAGAGCAUAAACAGUUUCUGGUGAAGGUGCUGAUCCCUUUACAUACUGUCAGGAGUUUAUCGCUCUUCCAUGCACAGCUGGCAUAUUGCAUAGUACAGUUUCUGGAGAAAGACCCCUCACUCACGGAACCAGUCAUUAGAGGUUUGAUGAAGUUCUGGCCAAAAACCUGCAGUCAGAAAGAGGUCAUGUUCCUAGGAGAGCUGGAGGAAAUCUUGGAUGUAAUCGAACCGUCACAGUUUGUCAAAAUCCAGGAACCCUUGUUUAAACAAAUUGCCAAGUGUGUCUCUAGCCCUCAUUUUCAGGUGGCUGAAAGAGCACUGUAUUAUUGGAAUAACGAGUACAUCAUGAGUUUGAUAGAGGAGAAUUCCAAUGUUAUACUUCCCAUCAUGUUUUCCAGCCUUUAUAGGAUUUCUAAAGAGCACUGGAAUCCGGCUAUUGUGGCUUUAGUCUACAAUGUGUUGAAGGCGUUUAUGGAAAUGAACAGCACCAUGUUUGACGAGCUGACAGCCACUUACAAGUCAGAUCGUCAGCGUGAGAAGAAGAAAGAAAAAGAACGUGAAGAACUGUGGAAAAAACUGGAGGAUCUGGAAUUAAAGAGAGGUCUUAGACGUGAUGGAAUAAUUCCAACUUAACAAACAAACAAAACAGCAUUAUUAACCUGUGGAGUCACACAUUUAUGUAGUAGAAGAUGGAGCAACAGUUUUCUGUAUUGUGCAACUUUACAGUAGAUUUCACAUUUGUUUCAUUAUUACAACAGCACUGUAUAUACCUGUCUCUAAGUAAAGGAAACAAAAAAUAAGGACUUUAAUCCAAAGUUUGGACAGCAGAUGGACUUCUCAGAACUUUGCAAACAUAAUCAUUGUUUUAACCCUUCUUUAAAACCAGUCUUCAAAGAUCUGUUGAUGAAAAUUGCAAUGUCAAAUUCCAUUGUCAGGACCUGUUCCUUAUUUAUCGUUAGCAGAGAGUAUACUACAACUUUCAAAUGUGAACAAUCUUAAAAUUUAGCUUGUCUUUCUGCUAAAAUGUUCAGUGUAUUUAUAGUAAAAGAGAAAAAAAAAAGACUGUCAUUUCCUUAUGAGUUUGUGUAACAUCCUCCUUCUCUGGAUAACUUUACUGUAAUUUGACUUUCUUUUCCUUUUGCACAUCUUCAUAAGUUGAAUGUCCAUUGAGAUCAGGGCCAUGAAAAACAAAAGCCCUGAAUAAAAGUUUUGUUUACUGGUGUGAGCAUUUUUUUUUAAUUAUUUUUGGUUUUUUUGGUACCAGACUCUCUCUGGUGCUUCCUUAACUGAACGUUAAGAGUUAAAGAAGUAGGUGAUAAACAUAAUAGGGAAAGGGAGUUUUGGAUUCAUGCACCUAUUUAUUGCAAAUCCAUAUUGGUGUCCACCAUGCUUUAAAAAUGGGGAGUGGUAGAGAGUUUUGGAUUCAUGCACCUAUCUAUUGCAAAUCCAUAUUGGUGUCCACCAUGCUUUAAAAAUGGGGAGUGGUAGAGAGUUUUGGAUUCAUGCACCUAUUUAUUGCAAAUCCAUAUUGGUGUCCACCAUCCUUUAAAAAUGGGGAGUGGUAGAGAGUUUUGGAUUCAUGCACCUAUUUAUUGCAAAUCCAUAUUGGUGUCCACCAUCCUUUAAAAAUGGGGAGUGGUAGAGAGUUUUGGAUUCAUGCACCUAUCUAUUGCAAAUCCAAAUUGGUGUCCACCAUGCUUUAAAAAUGGGGAGUGGUAGAGAGUUUUGGAUUCAUGCACCUAUUUAUUGCAAAUCCAUAUUGGUGUCCACCAUGCUUUAAAAAUGGGGAGUGGUAGAGAGUUUUGGAUUCAUGCACCUAUCUAUUGCAAAUCCAAAUUGGUGUCCACCAUGCUUUAAAAAUGGGGAGUGGUAGAGAGUUUUGGAUUCAUGCACCUAUUUAUUGCAAAUCCAUAUUGGUGUCCACCAUCCUUUAAAAAUGGGGAGUGGUAGAGAGUUUUGGAUUCAUGCACCUAUUUAUUGCAAAUCCAUAUUGGUGUCCACCAUCCUUUAAAAAUGGGGAGUGGUAGAGAGUUUUGGAUUCAUGCACCUAUCUAUUGCAAAUCCAAAUUGGUGUCCACCGUGCUUUAAAAAUGGGGAGUGGUAGAGAGUUUUGGAUUCAUGCACCUAUUUAUUGCAAAUCCAUAUUGGUGUCCACCAUCCUUUAAAAAUGGGGAGUGGUAGAGAGUUUUGGAUUCAUGCACCUAUUUAUUGCAAAUCCAUAUUGGUGUCCACAAUCCUUUAAAAAUGGGGAGUGGUAAUAGUCUGGACUUGGGUACGUAAGCAGUAUUAGAGCCAUGGCAUUGGACACACGUACCAGAGAUGUUCUAGAAAUACUAAUUGCUAAAUUGUUACAGUAUGUUUUUAUUGGACCAUUCUGAAAGAAUAAAGACAAACACUAAACAGUGCAAGCGUGAAAUUGAUCUCCAGUGGUCAUGGAUCUAAUUGGAAGUUGAGUCACGAUAGCAGUUUGAACUGUUUGGAGUUGUUGCCUUACUUUUUAAUAUGUAUUUAUAAAGUGUUCCAGCAAAAGAGGAUGUAGCCUCUAAGAAACAUACUAUAGUGUUUUUGUGAUCCUAGUACUAUUACUCAUCACAGUACCAGCCCUGUGGUCUUAGCUGGAAAGGAUUCUGGAUGAUAUACUUCUGCAUUCUCAUCUGGAUGCUCAUUCUUAACUACUGUAUUUGUUACCAAAAGUGGUUCUACAAAUGCUACUGAGAACAAACCAACCCAAUUCUGGAAAUCCUAAUGUUCUGAGUAUUAAUAAUAAAGUUUAAAAUGCUUUUAUAUCAAAGGUGCAUUGUGACCAAAUUGUUUAAAACAAAAGGAAAAACAAAUAUAUAUAUAUAUAUAUACAAAAAUGAUAGAGGAGGGGCUGUAUUAUAAGUAUGCAUUAUUGGCUAUCUGCUUUGUAUUUGAAAGUGGAAUCUUGACAUCUUUGGUAGGUAAAAUGCUGAUAAGAUUUAUGUACAGUAUAUAUUUAGCUAAUGCAGUUGCAUUAUUCUAUACCGAAAGGUAUGUAUUUCAGGAUUUUCCUCCAGGAUGCUUUUGAACUGUUCUAGACAUAUGACAACAGUGAAUUGAUAAUCCUAAACCAUCAAUCCAGCAGUAUUUUAGAGUAUAAAACUGAAUUGGUGUUCAUGAGUCUUUGUGAUAGUUGCAAACAUGAAUUUAUGACCUGUUACCGUUGAUAGAAAUGCAGUAUAACUACAAGCUUGUCUAUUUUUCUUCCUACCGUUUAAAAUGAUCCAGUAGGAUUUGAAGUUUUCUUGUUUUCAGGCACUGAAAAGAGGUUUAAAAAAGAGAAAAGAAUUCCCUUCCAGACUACUGACUGUUUCAGGAUUAUCAGGUCACAGUUUGUACUCUCUGGGUCUGCGCACACCAAUGUUGUAAGCUCAAUGGUUUUGUAAAAACCUGGCACUGUUAAUUCUGGAACAAAAAAAAAACCCAAACAGUGGAACUAGUCACGCCAACACCACACACAACAUGGUUGAAUGGGAUUAAUAUGAGCUGCUUUUAAGGACAUUUGACUGGGACGCAAUGUAAAUUAGACAGUUACUGUCAAGGUUGAAACAUUUUAUUUUCAAGUGCUGAAGCAAAGGUGCAAGCUGAAAUACUGAAGAUUAAAUAAAUUUCUAACAAAUCAUGUCCCUUA